AUGAGACACCCUUAUCACCCACAACAUCCUCUCAUGGGUGGCUACCGCUUUCAUAGCGAUGACGACAGCGAUGACGACAGCGAUGAAGAUAAUUCCUUCGCCCGCUCCGGUGUCAUACCACCUUGCACUUGGUGUGGAGAAGAAUUGUUUGAAGAAACUUCUCACUACGGAUCUUAUUACUACCAGUGUUCUCUCUGUAACUUUGGUUUGUGUACCCCUUGUGUCAAAAACUUUCCACUUCCUACUAUAUCCAAUCCAAAAAGCCAUCACCACUCACUAACUUUCCUUCCUCGACCACUUUUGGUUCCAUGUGAUGCCUGUGGGUUGGUAGAAAGAUCGGACCCAAGUUAUGUUUGUUUCCAAUGUAACUAUGUGGUCCAUAAGAGUUGUAUAAACUUACCACGCGUCAUAAAACUCACCCGUCACUCUCAUCGUCUUUCUUACACUCCUUUUCUCCCACCCAAAAUUAUAUAUUCGUGUCGUCUUUGCUACAAAACAAUUGACAACAAGUAUGGGCAAUAUUCUUGCAACGAUGAUUUUUGCUCUUAUGUAGUCCAUUCCAAAUGUGCAACUCAUCAGACAAUAUGGGAUGGGAGAGAACUCGAAUGGGAGCCCGAAGAACUUGACGAAACUGAAGAUGUUGCGCCAUUCAAGAUUGUUGGUGAUGAUUUGAUCAAGUAUUUUUGUCAUGAACAUAAUCUAAAGCUUGAGAAGUACAAUGGUGUUCGAGACAAGGACAAACAAUGUCAAGCGUGCAUCCUUCAUAUCGACUCACGCAAUUUCUACAACUGCACGCAAUGCGAUUUUUUUCUACAUGAGGUAUGCGCAAAUCUUCCGCGAAAGUUAGAUCAUGCAUUGCAUCAACACCCUCUUUUCCUUGACCCGGUUCCUCCAAAGAAGUCCAAUUUCUUGACAUGUGUGGUUUGUUCUCGAGCGUUCGCUGGUUUCAGUUACAAGUGCGCUUGUAAGGGUAGCUGCAGAAGGUUUCAGGUAGAUGUUAGAUGCAUCUUAGUUGCUGCUGAUCACCCUUUUACCCACAAAAGUCAUGAACGUCCCUUAUUUAUCCCUAUUUCUACCGUGGACAAAAAGGCUUUAUGUGGGGCUUGCAAGACCACAGGUGCUGAUUUCUAUCUACAGUGUACUCUAUGUGAUUUUUCUUUAUGUUAUAAGUGUGCCACCGUUCCAGAUAAGCUACACUACAAAUACGAUGCACUUCCACUCUCCCUUUGCUAUGGAGAAGCCUCAAAUGAAACAUAUUGGUGCGAAGUAUGUGAGGGAAAACUAGAUCCAAGCAAAUGGUUUUAUACAUGCAACAAAUCUUACAUCAAUAUCCACCUUAAUUGUGUAUUUGGAUCCGCUGCUUAUAUGAAGUCAGGCUACACAUUUUAUAACUACCAUGUGACGGUGAAAGUUCUAUACAAUAACUGUAACACUCGACCGAUUUGCCGUCGAUGUGAUGGCCGCUGCUCGAGUUAUGUAUUUUUAAAGUUGUCUGAUGGGACGAAUUUUUGUUCUAAUGAUUGUUUAGGACUUUUUAUUCGGUAA